AUGCGCAGAGCCUUCCAGACCUGUUCAAGGUCCAUACCUCGCUCCAUCACUUCCCUCACAACCAGCCGAGCAGCCCAGCAGUGUCUGAGGAGUUCGCCCACCACACACAACGCCGCAUCACGAGCACCUCUCGCAAUCCGAAGCCUACAUCAAACGACAAAGCUUAGACAACAAGCAGCCACACAAGAAGCUGAAUCGAGCGCUGCAAGUGGCAAUGCGACCAUCACGAAAUUUGAAGAGCUGGAGCAGAAGGGCAUUGUUCACCCCAAUGUCGUUCGCACACUUACAAAAGAGAUGGGCUUGGAGACAAUGACGGAGGUACAGACUGCGACCAUCAAUUCGGCAUUGAAGGGCACCGACAUCAUCGCUCAAGCGAGGACUGGAACCGGAAAGACCCUGGCCUUCCUGCUUCCCAUUCUGCAGCGCAUCAUUGACGUCGAUCCCAGCCUCGCAAAUCGGACCGGAGGCAGACGAGGGCCUAGGACGACGGCAGACGAUAUUCGAGGGUUGAUCAUCUCGCCAACGCGAGAGCUGGCAGAGCAGAUUGCGACGGAAGCUAGGAGGUUGACGAAGAACACUGGUGUCAUCGUGCAGACUGCAGUGGGUGGUACACAGAAGAGUGCCGGUCUUAGAGCAAUUCAGCGUGACGGAUGCCAUCUGCUUGUGGGCACCCCGGGCCGACUGAAGGACAUUCUCAACGACCCGUACUCGAGAGUGGAGGCGCCAGACCUUUCAGCGCUCGUCUUUGACGAAGCGGAUCGACUGCUGGACCAAGGCUUCUGGCCAGAGAUUCAAGAGAUCAUGCACCGACUUCCGACCUCCGCCGAGAAGGAUCGCCAGACUUUGAUGUUCUCGGCUACUGUUCCAGCGGAGGUCGUUGACCUUGUCCGACAGACCCUCAAGCCAGGAUUUCAAUUCGUCAAGUGUGUCAGAGACGAUGAGUCUCCAACACACGAGAGAGUCCCACAGAAGGUUGUGAGACUCAAUGGCUUCGAGAAUGCGCUGCCUUCAUUGAUCGAACUCUGCACGAGAAGCGUCGAGGAGGCCAAGAGCGGAGCCAGCAGACCGUUCAAAGCCAUCGUCUAUUUCCCAAGCACAGCAGAGGUGUCUCUGGCCUCAAUGGCUCUGGAGAACCUCGCAGAUCCCAACGCCGAGCGCGAUGCUUUUGGCGGUGGAUCCGGUCGCUCGCACCCUCUCAACCCAGCGCGGAUUUUUGAGAUCCACGGAAAGCUUACGCAGGCGCAACGUACUCAAUCAUCAAACAGCUUCCGCAACUGCGAGUCUGGAAUUCUGCUUUCUUCGGAUGUCACCGCGAGAGGAAUGGACUUCCCGAACGUCACUCAUGUCAUCCAAGUUGGACUGCCCAGCAGCCGUGAACAGUACAUCCAUCGUAUUGGUCGCACUGCCCGUGCCGGAAAGGAAGGUGAAGGCUGGAUCAUACUAAAUCCUUUCGAGACGUCAGAAGCACGAGGCCGCCUCAGAGGACUACCUCUUCAAAAAGACGAGUCGUUGUCCAUCCCGUCUUUGGACUUGACUCGCGCAGCAGAUGUUCCGGCCCAGGCUGGCAAGAUCUUGGGCAUGUACCAGAGAGCGAUCCAACGAGUACCGAUGGGCGAGAAGGCCAAGGUGUACCUUGCACAGCUUGGUGUUCACCAAUUCGUAUCCCGGAAGGAGCAACUCAUCCAAGCGAUGAACAAUCUGUCCCAAUUCGGCUGGGGCUUGAGGGAGCCCCCAUCAAUUUCACCUGCGCUCGCUUCGAGGCUUGGUCUUCGUAACCUUCCCGGCGUGCGGAUAGGAGACGAUCGCCCUCCAAUGGACCGAGGACGCAUGGGCGACAGAAUGGAUCGUGACGGCGCAUUCGGGGGCCGCAGUAGUGGCGGACGAGGAGGCUUUGGCGGACGGAACGACUUUGGAGGACGAGGAGGAGGGGGUGGAGGCUAUGGCAACGACCGACCCUCGUACAGAGGCGGCGGCAGAGACCGGUUUGGAGGCCCGAGAGCGAUCAACGACGACCCAUUCUCAUGA